GAACAGUUCUUAGAGUGUUGUCAUUGAUUCAGUAAUAUACAAUACCUUGGCUGUGUGUGUGUUAGAGAGCGAGAAAAAGAGAAAGAGACUGAGAGAGAUUGAGAGAAUCGGCGUCCUCGGUUCACUGGCCAGUUACAUCCUGUCUCCAGCAAAAAGGGACCCCCCCCCCCUGCUCCCGCCAGCACUUCCACUUUUCCUGGUAUGACCUUAUUCAAGAGUGAACAUCGCGGCCAGAGACGUAUAAGCAUGGCUGGGGAACUCAAGACCAGCAGACCCAGAGCUGGGUAUAAGCGACCAGGCAGUACUGUGUACGGGAGCAGUUUUGACCUGGACUACGACUGUUACCAGGAUGACUUUUAUGACAGAGUGUACGAUUACCAGCGGGUCCCAGCCUCCCUGCCUCCUGACUCACGCGGCCCCUCCCUGCCCAAGCGGCCUCGGCAGUCGGACACAGCAUUCCGGAGGAGUAAAGAGAGUCUCUCGUCGAAGGGGAGGUCAAGCAGCUCCUCCAACAGAGCAAAAUUGAAGGCCGAUGAGUUGCAGACCAUAAAGAGGGAGCUGACUCUGAUCAAGGUGCAGAUCGACGGCCUCCUGGAGAACCUGGACAGGAUGGACAGACAGAGGAAAGACCAGACAGAGCUGGACAGCAGUGCAGGGGGCUCUCCUUACCGGGCCUCAGCCAGCAGCCCCGAUGGAUCCCUGCCCAGCCCCAGCCAUCAGCGCCGGGGCCAGCGAGAGCGGGGGGAGAGCCCGGAGCUCGGAGAGGCCAGUGACGAAGACAACGACACGGUUAAUAACCACAGCUCAGACCAGGAGGACACCAUGUAAACACACAGAAAUCAGCACACAAAGGAACCCAGUAACGGAACAGAAGGAAAGUGAGCAUCAUGCAUGGAGGUCCCUGCUUGCAGCGAGAGCUCAGGCCCUCAUCUACUGAACGGGUCUCCAAGGGGAAGAAUGAUUGUUAUAAAUUGCCUGUUCUGCGUAUUGAUUUUCCCUGGUUUGGUUAUAAUCUGAUAGUCUGAGCACCUGACUAGGGGCCCCAUCCUUUUAAUGUUAGAAUGUGUUUUUAAGCAGCUUGGUAAACUGAUAACAGCUUUCAAUUUUUAAUCAAAUGCAGUUUAAUAGCAAAACGGUUUUAGCAGCUAAGUUAUUAUGGUAUGUACAGCUGACUCGGGGGUGUAUGUGGUAAUGAUCUAAACAGUGGAGGAUUUAACUCCCAAUGACUUUUAACUCCAUAAGCAUCUCAUUAGCACAAUCAAUUACAGAGGAAAGGGAAAUUUGAAGGUGCAGGUGUAAAGAGACCUGCCACUGUUUAGAUGACAUUAAAAUACUGUAGACCCCUUUUACUGUAUGGUGUUAGUGUCUUCUUGUCUGUACUUUGAUUUCUGUCACUAAAAUUGUGCAUGAGAAGGAUCAGCUGUACAUAUUAACUCAUUUUUAGUUAAGCAGGAAAAAUAUAUUUUCUUAACAAUUACAAUUGCAUUCCACAAGAAUUUUACAGCUGAAAAAUGGUUUGUGUAAGAAUUUUGGGGUAGUGUGUUUUUUUUUUUUUUUUUUGGUUAGAAAAUAAGAUAUACGGGAAUGUUUUUGAAGAUGGUGGUUUGAUUAACUGGUUAAUUCUUGUUGUAAGUUGCUACACAAUUACAACAAGUAUUUUACCAUGGGGAGGUAGACAAAGUUGCUAAAACAUCCAAAUUCACAAAUUUCAAUUGAACCGUUGCCCCCAUUUAUUUGGCAUUAGCCACAAAAAGUUUGACUACUAGAGUAAGUAGCUUUAAAUGACAUUUUAAGUUUUAAACAUUUCCCUAAAUGUUGUAUGUUUUUUUUUGCAGUCAUUCUGAGUAGUUCUGGGUUCUGUUGCUUCAAUGUUGAGAUUCGCCAGACAAGGUCAAAGCAAGGUCAAAGCAAGGUCAAAGCAGAUUUAGAGAACACUGGAGAACCAAAAUGGAACCACUCAGAAUUAUUGCACACACCACAACAUAGUAAGGGAAAUAAAAAAAGACAUUUGAAUCUACUUGUAAUAUUUUUACUUCAAAUUUAGUUACCGCUAAAUAGUUCUUCUCCAUUAAUAACAUGGCAGUCUGGAAUAAAUGCUUUGAAAAAUAUACCAGGAUUUAAAUAUACUGCCCAUAUCAUUGGAGUUUUUUCAGAGGACAUUUCUAGAAGGUAGAGCAGCAAACAGCAAGACAACACUGGAGCAUUUCCCUUCCAACAGCAGUAUGAGAGUGUAGUUCUGAGGUCUACAAUGAGGAAGGACUGGGAGAUCUUUGGACGACCCUGUAUAUAGUCAUCUGGCCUGAUUGUAUUGGCUUUGAUGGGGUGAAGUGUAAUAAUAUUCGGAAAUAUUGUAAACUUUCUUGUAAUCUGUAGACACUACUGUACCUGAUUUUCGUAUUGUUCUUCUGUUUUUGUAUUUAUUUAUUUUAUUUUAUUCACAGUGAUUUGGUAGAUUUUCAAUGUUUUUGUGUUCAUGAAAUGCUGAAUGAAUGCAGAAAUGCAAUUAGUAAAGGUAUUUUCUUAUUGAUUA